AAUAAUAAUAAGUCAGACAUUGGAAUAGCAGGUGUGAUGGCUGAAGCGAUUCAGAAGAAAUUGCAAGCUGAGUUGGAGAAAUAUCAACAACUCCAGAAAGAUGUCAGUAAAAGUAUGUCAGCAAGACAGAAACUGGAGGCACAGUUGACUGAAAAUAACAUUGUAAAGGAGGAGCUUGCCUUACUGGAUAGCCAAAACACAGUUUACAAACUAAUUGGACCGGUUCUGGUCAAGCAAGAUCUAGAUGAAGCCAAGGCCACAGUGGGAAAGAGAUUGGAAUACAUCAAUGGUGAAAUUCAGCGCUAUGAGACUUUAUUGAAGGAGAUGGAGAGGAAGUCUGAGCAGCAUCGGGAGGUUUUGUCCAGUCUCCAGCAGGAGUACCAGCGGGCUCAGGGUCAGGCUGUUGCCAAGGCCUAGAUGGACCAUAAUUCUGUUUGGGACACUGGUCUUUUCCAGCGGAACUCAGAGACUGAUUGCACCUGCUAAAAACACAUGCUUCUUCACAUGUCUAUUACAGUUCUGUAGGCUUUUUUUGUUUGUUUGAUGCUAUUAGGCUAUCAAUAAAUCUUGAUUAUUUA